GGUUUGGGAGGAUACUGAAUUAAAGGCAGAGGAAGGAGCCCUGUCAAUGUACCUUUCUCUUCCCCCCAACCCUCUCUUCUUGUAUUCCUAAGCCAGGGAAUAAUUUAGCCCCAGAGGUGAGCAUCUGCAUCCUGUGUGGGAGAUAGCAAUAGGCAGGUGCAUUAAGCCUGGCAAGUUAUCACCCCCCUCCAUCUUCACCUCGGCUCUUGAUAAGCGCCAGAGCAAGGCGAGAGUGAAUAACAGCUGGGCGUUUGGCCAAGCGGCAGCUUCUUCUGUCUCCUCCACGGGAGGAGUGAAGCCGGGAGUAUGGAAUGAGGAUGGGGGAAAGCAGCUCCCUCCCUCAGCAUGCUGCAAAGGAAUGUAGCCAAUCUCUGGGAAGGAAGGAAUCUAUCUAACAGUCCCCAGCCGAGAAGUGCAGAGACUGCAGAGGAAGAGAGCCUAGCAACCCUCACCCCAAGAGGGUGCCCGGAACAAGCAACUGCGCCGGUCGGUCCCCAAUGGAAGAAAAUCAGUGCAGCUGGAGCAGAGGAAUGCAGAAAUUUCUCAGAAGAAGUGUACAGCCAGAGGAGUGCAGCGGAAUCCUGGAGUGAAGGAACAUCGCAACUCCUUCAGAGGAAGAUGCAGCUAUAGGCAAUCUCUGGAAAGGGGUGCACAGCUGUGCUCUCUAGUGAAGGGUGUUUGGGGUGAAGGUGUGGAGCAGGCCUUUUGACAGAGAAGCAGGCCAUGCUAGCUGCCCGGGAAGCAGCGGCACUCUACCAGACGGAUUUUGUACGGAACGCCAGGGCAGUGGGCGCUCUCUGGGCUGGCUGUACCCUCUGCUUUGGCAUCUUGGAAGUCGUGGUGCUGAUCCAGCCAGCCUGGGUCCAGACAGCACCACUUACCUACCAGCUACCCCCAUCGGGGGUCCUUUCUGACCCCAGUGUGAGCGCCGUAGGAUCCUUUGGCCUCUACCAAGUCUGUGUGGAGCGAGAUGGUGUCCUCCAGUGUGAGGGUUCCUUGGUCACCCUUACCCCCAUCCCGUCCUUCAAGGCAGCCGCUGUCUUUGUCCUGAUGGCCUUGGUGCUAGUGAUGGGCAGCGUGGCUUCCUUGGGUCUCUUCUGGGUCUGCAGCCCUGGGACUGUCUAUAAGGUGUGUGCCUGGCAGCAGCUUUCAGCAGCAACCUGUCAGGCCCUUGGUUGCCUCGUUUUCCCAGACGGCUGGGGAGCACCGGAAGUGCGAGCUCUGUGUGGGCCUCGGGCUAGAAGCUACACACUGGGCACCUGUACCAUACACUGGGCUUUUGCCCUUGCCUUGCUGGGCAUAGCUGAUGCUUUGGUACUGGCUACUCUUGCUUUCGUGCUGGGGAACCGGCAGGAUGCUCUGCUGCCUGCAGGCUAUGCACCACCUCCAGAAGGAAGAGGUGUGGCCUCAGCAUUGACUCCAGACUGAUUCCUUUGUCCUGGUAAACUCCUCUCCUGGUGGCAGCCUUCAUAGUUGGGCACUCACGCAUGACACGGAGCAGCACUUGGUUCUAGCAAUAAAGGUGUUUUGUUUUAAGAGA